AUGGCGUCGUCUUCAUACGACUAUGUCAUCGUCGGAGGCGGUGUUGCCGGCCUCGUCCUGGCGUCGCGGCUCUCCAAGCUGCUGUCCCCCUCUGACACCAAACAGAUUCUCGUCCUCGAGGCGGGUACAGACCCCUCGACCACCGACCACAUCCUGACGAGCCACGGCAUACAUUUGGCUCGUACAUCUCCCCAUUCGUAUCAGCUCGCCAUCUCGCCAAAUCCGAACCUCAACGGGCGUGACACGACGGUGCCCGUCGGCAAAGCACUCGGGGGAAGUGCCGCGAUCAACGGAGGAGCCUGGACAAGGGGCCCCAAGAGCGACUAUGACCUGUGGGCCAAGAUAGUGGGCGACGACAGCUGGGGUUAUGAUGCGCUACUGCCCUACAUGAGGAGGGUGGAGAGCGCGGUUGUGCCAGAGGGCAUGGCGAAGGACGAAACCCAGCACGGGUACGAUGGGCCCUUGAAGCUCACCCCGAUCCGAGCCCUGUGGCCAUCCAGAAAGUACCCACUCAGAGAGUCGGUCCAAAAAAUGUGGGAGGAGGCCGGGGUCAGGUACAUCCCCGACGGCAACGCGGGAGACCAAAAUGGACUGGUCGAAUUUGUCGAGGUCUGGGCCAACGGCGCCAGACAACUGCCGAGCAAGGUGUUCGAUCUGUCCAAAGUCGACGUUCGCACCAUGAGUGUCGUACAGCGUGUCACUUUUGCCAAAGUCGAAGGACUAGAGCACCCGGUGGCCAACGGCGUGGACCUGGUUGGCGGCGAGCAUGUCGUCGCGAACAAAGAGGUCAUUGUCUGCGCCGGCACAUACCACACGCCUCAAGUCCUGAUGCUCUCUGGUAUAGGUGACCCCGCUGAGUUGGCAAAGCACGGCAUCCACACCACAGCCUCGAAUCUCGAGGUGGGAAGAAACGUCGCCGAUCACUUGGCGGCAGGGAUCAAUUGGAAAUUGAAAUAUCCUGAAAAGGGCUUGUCUAUAGGAUCGCCCCUGUUCGUCGACCCGUCGUAUUUCUCUGGGUGGCCGCUGGAUUUCAUCGAGUUUGGAGCUCUGGAUGAACUGGCGAGACUGGAAGCAUUGACCAAGACUCAGGAAGAGAGAGAUUUGUUGCUCAGACCGGAUGCUUCGCACAUGGAAAUCGCCACUCUCUACGCGGCCAUGGGGAAGAGAUUCACGGGACUGGAUGCACCCCUGGACGGGAGCUACAUCAGCACGGUCGUUGCUUACCUGACAACUACAUCGAGAGGCUCCAUCACCCUGCAGUCUGCGACCGUCGAGGACCCGCCGGCGAUUGACAUGAAUUGGUUCGCCACGGACACGGACAGGUUUGGCCUGCGCGAGUCGCUUCGGAAAGCCGCAUCGGUGCAUCUCGAAACCGAGGCUGGGAGAUCCUUCAUCUCUCACGAAGUUGCCCCAGAGGGGUACGCCUGUAUCACCAAAGACACCACCGACGAGGAGAUAGACAACCGAAUCGCCGAGUUUGGAUAUAGCUUUGAUCAUCCGAUGGGUAGCUGUGCGAUGGGAAAAGUGGUUGACAGCCAUUGCCGCGUCAUGGGUGUCAGAGGGCUGAGGGUUGUCGAUGCCAGCGUUUUUCCGGUUCCGAUGGCGUGUCAUCCUCAGUCGGUGGUUUAUGCAACGGCUGAGAGGGUCGCGGAGUGGAUCGGUCGGGGAGAUUCGUAG